CGACUUUGUAACUUUUGUUGGCAGGACCACACGACACCCCGCAGCCCCCAAUGGCCUCUCUCAGCCGGUCAGCACUGCUGCCUCAGUGCACGUCAUGCAUACGAAGAGUCGCGCGUCAUAAUCUGGAUGGAAGGGCGCCGCAGCAGCAGAUACGUAGCAUCUCGAAGGCGGCUAAGGAGGCCAAGCGAAACAUCGUCGUCAAGCUGCUGAAGGAUGUGCCGCGAUAUGGACGCGCCGGCUCAUACGUGCCUCUCAACCCGGCCACGAUGCGCAAUCGAUGGUUUCCCGCCCGCGUCGCCGACUAUGUACCGUUCCAGCAACUAAAGCUGCUGAAGGCUCAGGAAGUGGAUAUGCAGAGGGACACAACAUAUGGUGUACGCGUGGCUCUGGAGGAGGUCGACGAAGAGGAGGACGUUUUGACACCACGGAGACCAUACGUACGGCCGAUUGAGAUUGAAGUGCUCAGCCCUGAGCGAUCUAUGGAACUUCUCGACACAUUCGUCCCUCCUUCAAUCGACUUCUCACGCCAGCGCAUCGAGGCUCAAGAGAACAAGCCACGAUACGGCGCGUCUGGCGCAGCUGAUGUUCUCACAGCAGCUGCCAUGGGCGCCAACACAGAACGAUCCUCGAACGCCAUCUAUGGCUCGGUAUCGACAGCGGACAUUGCUGCGACCCUCAAGGCAGCGCUGGCGCACAACGACGAGGCAGCCCGUGUCAUCCUGAAUGAGGCAGACGUUCGUUUCGUAACAAACACAGAGGAUGGAGAUGCGCAGCGUGUGAAGGAGCUGGGUGUGUUCAAGAUCGAGAUACAACUGCCGGGUGCGGCAGAGCCAUUACUGAGGAACGUCCGGGUCAAGGCGAAGGACAUGGACGCGUGAAGUCGCAAGACCAGUACGCCAUCCGCGGCUGCAGUUCAGACCGUGGGUUUUUCCGUUCGCUGUAAAGAUACGCCUGUACAAAACAUGUAGACACUGUUUGGGAAUGGUUUCGGAAGAAUGGGACCUCACGAGCUAGAAGCCACAAGCCACAGCCGC